UGUGUGUGUGUGUGUGUCUGCGAGUUGAGAAAUAGAUAGGAGCGAGGGCUUGGAGAUUAGUCACAAAAGCAUCAUCAUCAUCAUUAUUUCAAUCAGUAACGAACGUCCCAUACUGUUGUCGUUUUUUUUGGUUUGUUGUUUGUUGUUGUGGCCAACAAUGCAUCACAAUUGGACAAUAUCCUGUACAGUGCAUAUUUGAUUUAUUCAUUUUUUUAAAAAAAGAAAUAUUUACUUUGAUAAAUAGAUAAACUAAAUAACUAAUAAUUUCGGUUGGAUAAAUUGUCAUUUCAUUAUUAUUAUUAUUGUUUCGAAUACGGAUAUUAUCGUUAAAUUGUUAUAAUAAUUUCAUAUUCCAAAGUUUUGUUGUUGUUUUUGUUCAAUCAUGCUCAUCAAAGAAUUUCGUGUGGUUUUACCAUUGACGGUUGAAGAGUAUCAAAUAGGACAAUUGUUUAGUGUGGCGGAAGCAUCGAAAAAUGAAACAGGCGGUGGUGAAGGUGUUGAAGUAGUAAAAAAUGAACCAUUUAGUAAUUAUCCACUUUUGGAUGGUAAAUAUGAUAAAGGUCAAUACACGUACAAAAUAUAUCACCUUGAUUCAAAGGUGCCUUCAAUCGUACGACUUAUUGCUCCUAAAGGAUCAUUAGAAAUACAUGAAGAAGCAUGGAAUGCAUAUCCAUAUUGUCGGACAAUUAUUACGAAUCCUGAUUAUAUGAAAGAUAAUUUUCGUUUGGUAAUCGAAACAAUGCAUGCACCGGAUAGAGGGACACAAGAUAAUGCACAUCAUUUGGAUCAACAACUUCUUAAACAACGUGAAGUAAUUUUCAUAGACAUUGCCAACGAUCCUGUUAAUCAAUCGGAUUAUAAACCAGAUGAAGACCCUAAAAAAUUUAAAUCACAAAAAACGAAUCGUGGACCAUUAUCCGAUGAUUGGAGAAAAACUUGUGAACCGGUCAUGUGUUCCUAUAAAUUGGUUACCUGUGAAUUUAAAUGGUUUGGUGUUCAAAAUCGUAUUGAAAGUUUUAUUCAAAAAACGGAGCGAAAAAUAUUUCUUAAUUUUCAUCGACAAGUCUUUUGCUGGGUAGACAAAUGGCAUGGUUUGACCAUGAAAGAUAUUCGUGACUUGGAAGAAAAGACCAAAAAAGAAUUAGACGAGCAACGUGCCAAAGGCAACCUCAAAGGAACCAAACAGAUCGAUUAACCCUUUUCAUGUAUGGUGGUGCAUGAGAAUCAUCAUUAAGUAAAAAAAAACACCGAUAGGAUUCCAAUUAUGUUCAUCCAAGCGUUGCCAAUUGCCACUGCAGCUACCGACGCACUCAUCAUUCAUUCAUUCAUUCAGUGAUCCAUUCUAGCCAUUUGUUUUGUUAUAUUGUUAACUAAUUAAUUUUGUGUGUCUGUUUGUAUUGUGUGUGCGUUUUUCGAUUCUUCCAAAAUUCAUCCAAAUUUUUUUCAAUAUGGAUUUUUUUCUCAUCCCCGGUCAUUGAUCAUCUCGAUUUAUUUUAUUUAUUUUCUAAAUUUACUUGUAGCUGUGCUUGUUUUCUUGUUUAGCUUAUUGUUG